GAAGGGCUCAGUGAGACUUGUGUAUUUCCCAGCCUGGAGAAGGUCCUGCCUGCCAGCGCCCAUGACCAACAUGAGCUGGAGCUUCCUGACGCGGCUGCUGGAGGAGAUCCACAACCACUCCACCUUCGUGGGCAAGGUGUGGCUCACCGUGCUGGUGGUCUUCCGCAUCGUGUUGACUGCUGUGGGUGGCGAGUCUAUCUAUUCCGAUGAGCAGUCUAAGUUUACUUGCAACACGCGGCAGCCGGGCUGCGACAACGUCUGCUAUGACGCCUUCGCACCCCUGUCACAUGUGCGCUUCUGGGUCUUUCAGAUCGUGGUCAUCUCAACGCCCUCCGUCAUAUACCUGGGCUACGCCGUCCACCGCCUGGCCCGUGCCUCGGAGCAGGAGCGGAGGCGUGCGCUCCGCCGCCGCCCAGGUCCCCGACGCGCUCUCAGGGCGCACCUGCCACCGCCUGGAUGGCCGGAGCCCACUGACCUGGGCGAGGCGGAACCCAUGCUUGGGCUGGAGGAGGAAGAAGAGGAAGAGCCAGGAGUGCCCGAGGGGCCGGGAGAGGACACGGAGGAGGAGCGCGCAGAUGAGAUGGCAACCAAGGGGCCUGGGGUAGAUGGCAAGGCGGCUGGGGGCCCGGGUCCAGCCGGGCAACACGAUGGACGGCGACGCAUCCAGCGGGAGGGACUGAUGCGCGUGUACGUGGCCCAACUGGUGGUCAGGGCUGCCUUUGAGGUGGCUUUCUUGGUGGGCCAGUACCUACUGUACGGCUUCGAGGUGCGGCCCUUCUUCGCCUGCAGCCGCCAGCCCUGCCCACACGUGGUGGAUUGCUUCGUGUCGCGGCCCACUGAGAAGACCGUCUUCCUGCUGGUCAUGUACGUGGUCAGCUGCCUGUGUUUGUUGCUCAACCUCUGCGAGAUGGCUCACCUGGGCCUGGGUAGCGCGCAGGACGCCGUACGUGGCCGCCGGGGUCCACCAGCGCAGGCGCCUGGUCCCGGGCCUCGCCCACCACCUUGUGCCUUCCCGGCCCCGGCCACCGGCCUGGCCUGCCCGCCCGACUACAGCCUGGUGGUGCGUGCUGCUGAGCGUGCACGCGCGCAUGACCAGAAUUUGGCUAAUCUGGCCUUGCAGGCGCUGCGAGAUGGGGCGGCAGCAGGCGGAGACCGGGAUAGCCCGCCCUGCCCCGGGCUCUCCGCGGCCAACCGGGGGCCACCCAGACCCGGCGCACCGGCUUCUGGAACCGGCAGCGCCACGUCUGGGGGCACCGCGGGAGAGCAGGGCCGACCUGGGGCCCAUGAGCGGCCAGGCACCAAAACCAGGGCUGGCUCUGAGAAGGGAAGUACUGGCAGCAGGGACGGAAAGGCCACUGUGUGGAUCUGA